AUGCCACCAACUUCUUUGACGGAUUUGAAUUUCGAAACGGUUCUGGAUCUGGCGGGUUUGCUCAAUAUGUGGGCCGCAACCGCAGAGGCAAAAUCUCUAGCAGGCAUUCGGGAUGGCAAGGUGUAUCUAGGGGUUGAUAACACGACUGAAAACACGACCGGUGGUCGACAAUCCGUCAGAGUCAUCUCGAAGAAUGUAUGGACCAAUGGAGUUUACAUCGCUGAUAUCGCCCACAUGCCAGGUAAUGCAUGUGGCGUCUGGCCGGCUUACUGGACUAGUGGCCCAGACUGGCCCAACAGCGGCGAGAUCGAUAUCAUCGAAGGUGUCAACUUGCAGAAAACACCCAUCAUCACCCUGCAUUCUGGGAAGAACUGCACCGUCACAAACACAGGCUCAGCAGCUGGUUCGGUCCUUACCGAUCCCGACUGUGACAGCAGUACCUCCUCCGGCGGUUGUUCCCAGACGUCGACAAAUACGCAUGUCUACGGGGACGGCUUCAACGCGAUCAAUGGCGGUGUUUAUGUAAUGCAAUGGACGACGAGCGCUAUUUCAGUCUGGUUCUUCCCUCGCAGCAGCAUCCCAGCGGACAUCACGGCAGGGGCUAUAGAACCACCCACUUGGGGCACACCGUUGACCCGGUUCGUGCCCUCGGGCUGCGACUUUUCCUCUCACUUCAAAAGCAACGACAUUAUAUUCAACACAAAUCUGUGUGGCUGGGCGUAA